UGCAAAGUCAGUGGCUUAGCUGCAUAUAGAGUGACAAGCCUGCAAGGAACGCGGUGAAGUGUCCGACGAUGAAACAAUGAAGCUGCGGUGAACCAAUGCUAACCUCACAACUGUCCCGGGCGUCUUCGAAACAAAUUCACAGGGAAGAAUGCAAGGCCCCCGUCAGACCUUUUCAAAGGAGAAAAAAGCUCCUGAACCACAGAGUAAACUAUUAAAAUAUUAUCGGACUGACAGAAUGUGAUGACAACCACCAGCAGUCCUUCAGAUCCCGCUAGCUAGCUGUAAUUCAAGUUCGCUCUCAAUGCCAUCACGCUUGAGCCUACCCAGCUCUCUCCUCCUGCUUCUGACCGCAGCGUUGCCGGCGCAGACUUCACGGAUUUGCACUACGCAGGCAAAUCCAACCCUUGAGCUCGAUCGAAUAGAAGCACGGACAUGGGAAGACUUACUCCAACGCCAUGCCUCAAUAAGCCGCAGACUUCGCGUAGAACAGCCCACCGCAGUCCGCAAGAUGCCAGAUGACGAGGGCGAAAAAUUCUGGAUGGACUAUUGGUAUUUCAACGACGACAGACAUGAUCCUCGAAAACGGGACGUAGCCAGCUAUCUCGAAGACGAUGAGAUGAACAACAAUCUCGCUGCGCUGGAACCCGCCUACCCAAUACACUUUGAGCGCACUGUUCCGGGCUUCUCUCUCUUCGGGAAAGAGUUUUCGAUUCCCAGAAAUUUGCGCCCAGGGAAUCUUUUUUCGAAGCGAGCUUUCCAGUGCCCUGCCAACACCCGGCCUUGCAGCUCCAUCUCCCGCCCCAACAGCUGUUGCUCUCUCGGUUCCGUAUGCCAAAUCGUCCCCGACACUGGCCUGGGAGACGUUGGCUGCUGUUCUGGUGGCAGCUAUGGCUCCGGCAAGAAAUGUUCCGGGAAGCUCCAGUCGUGUCCAGACGGGUACACAAACUGUUCUGAGUUCCCAGGCGGAGGAUGCUGUAUCCCUGGGUACAUAUGUGUCAAGGACGGGUGUCUAUUUGUCUCCACGACAACAGUGACAAUCACCGCAUCUUCAUCCUCUGCAUCUACAACCACCAAACCUACAACCACAACGCAGAUCGUCAACCCACCCAUCCGCCCAACCUCACACCCGACCAUUACCACCACCGUACUUCCCACCAGCACCGGCAUAGCCACCACCACGGACCCUGAAAUCCUUGACGACUGUCCCACAGGCUUCUACGCCUGCAGCGCCGUCUACAACGGUGGCUGCUGCCGCACAGGCCGCGACUGCAAUCCAACCUCCUGCCCACCCUUCACGCCAUACACAGCGAUCAACACCAACGGCGUGACCAUCAUCAUCCCCGCGUCCGCCACCGGUGGUGCCGCCCCGCCCCGGAGGGCAAGCAAAUGCGCCGACGGCUGGACAACCUGCAACGCCGACGCGGGCGGAGGAUGCUGUCCCAAUGGCUUCCGGUGCGGGAGAGAAAGCUGCACGUUCUCCGGGACGGGGACGGCGGAGGCACGUGCCACGGGAGGUGGUGAAGAGGUGGUGGGGAAGAUUCCGCCGGAGAGCGGGGCGCAAAUAUUGCUUCCGAGUCUUAUGAUUCUUGUUGGCGCGAUGGCGGGACCGAGGUUCAUCAGCUGGAUUGCUGCAGCAUGAAUGACGGGGCUUCCUCUAAGGCUUGUGGGGCGGCCGUGGUGACGCCAUGUCAGCUAUCUCUCUUCGUGACCCCUGUUCCCUUUUUUUUUUAGCGCUACAGGGAAGACAUCGUGGGAAGCUUGGAUCUGGAACGGAGUUUAACGGCCUUUUUUUGGGGUAACUCCGGAGUAGGUAGCUAGUUUGAGCUGUUUGCACCUGAUAUUCACAUGCUUUUCGUGAU